CCUUUGUCAUUGGGAAUUGGUAUUAUCUGUCAACGUAAAUGGGAAUUUAGAAUUUUAUUUGUAUAUUUCAUAAUCGUUAGUCACUAAAUUACUAUAAAAUAUGCCGAAGAAUAAAGGAAAAGGAGGUAAAAACAGGAGGAGAGGAAAGAACGAAAACGAAACUGAGAAGCGUGAGUUAGUAUUCAAGGAAGACGGACAAGAGUACGCCCAAGUCACAAAAAUGCUCGGUAAUGGCCGCUUAGAGGCCAUGUGCUUUGAUGGCAGUAAACGACUUUGCCACAUAAGAGGAAAGCUACGGAAAAAAGUAUGGAUCAAUCAAGGUGACAUCAUAUUAAUCGGGUUAAGAGAUUAUCAAGAUGCUAAAGCAGAUGUCAUCCUAAAAUACACUCCCGAUGAGGCAAGAAAUCUGAAAACUUACGGAGAAUUCCCUGAAACGGUACGCAUCAACGAGACUGUUGUAUAUUCUGUUGAUGGUCUAGACGAGGAUAUAGAAUUCGGCGACGAAGUCAGCUCAGACGACGAAGCUGAUGCUGUUGAUGCGAUAUAAACACUGUAUGACAGCUCUAGUAAGUUAAUGUAAAUUUACUUCCCAUACCUUUGUUGUGGUUCAGUAAUUUUGAAUUGUUCAAAUUAUACUUGCAUAUGUCUAGAUUGCUAGACUCAGUAUUCUAUAAAAUUUGAGGUUGUUAAUUUAUUUAUACGAAAUCCUCAAAAAUUGUUGCAUAACAUUCCUCAUAAUUUGAAUUACCUCCUGAUAAAUAAUAAGGAAUGUACAUACAUUAAAAAUAAACAAUUAUUUUUGGUUCUUACUUACAUUAUUUAUUGACCUUAAUUUUAAAAGCCCCGCAGAUAAGUUUUGUUUGUUAGGCAGGAUAGUUUUGUUUGUGCGAGAUUGAACAUAGAGUAUAACAAUUAUUAUUAUCUAUAGGUAAUUUAUUUCUGUUAUAAAUUAUUGUCUCAUAAUGAUUAAUAAGCAAACAACCACAAUGUCCUUUAUCUCAAAUUUAUAGGCUUAAAAGAUGACUUUUAGAACUUAUAUUGUUAGCCAAGAUAUCAUACAUGACAUUAUCUAAGUUCUAUAAGCAUCAUAAUAUUUCUGAUAUAAAUAAAUUUUUAGUGUAUUAUA